GCAUCAUCAACGGCUCUUGUUUCACGCAGCGAUCAGACAGACCUCGCGCCCUGCCGCGACAGCCGGCGUCGCUUUUCCACGUCGCUGUCUGCAACAUACGGUUCCGGCUCGACGCAGAGUCAUCAAGACAACCGACCGCAACGACAACCAACAGCCGUCAAGACACUCGAGCGCAGUCAACUCCAGUCAGCCCCGAUGGACUGUCUGCAUGCAGCCCGCUUGGCAAGAUGAAACUGACUUGAUUGACCUUUUCGUCACCCUGCAGCUGCGCCCGCGACGCGCCUGGAGUCUCGAUAGAGCUGCUGGUCGGGUUGCUUCGCCGCGUUGCAGUUCCGGGAUACCCCGGCUACCCUAUACGCACCUAUUUCAAGCGCCUCUUGCAGACGAGCUUCACAUGCCUCGGUGCGUGCCAUCAUCGCCAUGCAGCGUUUGCCACCGCCUUUAUUAUCGACGUCGACAUGGCCUCUGUCCACAGGCCUGCACCGACGGCCCCCAAAAAGCUUGCCCGCGACCUCAGCCUUAUCAGCCGCAAUAACGGGCGGGCCGAUUGACGCGAACACUCUCACCAGGGGUGUCGGCGGGCGGGUAGCAUCCAAAUUGGCGUGUAAUAAGCAGUGCGUCGCAUCCACUGCUGACCCGUUGUCAGUGUGGGCUCGUUUUCCCUUUCGGCUCCGGUCUCACGGCCAGGCACACCGGGAUGCCCAGUGCUCCACGCUGGCGUGUGUCUAGCCGACCGCAUUCGAGAUUGAUUGAUUCCCACGGAAGAGCUUGCACGUGCUCGAGCCGCCGCAUUUCCAGGCUGAGUCAUUCAGUGCAUCAUGCUCAGGGGCGCGACGCGUGUCGUUCCGCAACGCCGUUAGAGAUUUAGGGCUGUCGCCAUGGUGGAGUGACGAGUCGCUGAUUGGCCCGUCGCAUCCAUCGGAUUCACCGCGUAUUCACCGCGUCACGAACCCACGCCAUGCCGAAACGGGCAAACGAGCUGGCUUCACUUUGACGAUGCCGUUGCCCCUGAGCGGUUCAGAUGGAUCAUGGCGGUCGUGGCUAUGCUAGCGCUGCGCGGCUUGCAUUGAACCCGAUCGGUCCAGACGCGGAAUAGGCAAACGAGUUGUGUCUCGGGCAGGUUAGUCGACCAUGGCCGCGAAGCAUGGCGCGCGAAGCAAGGCAGUCGUGGCCGAUAUAAAGCUGGACGACGGGCUUGUCGCAAUCAAGCAUCAAUCAACUCUCCAUUGACUUUCACCUACGAUUAAACCGACACAAUGUCUACGGAUGUUUGGAUGUACAAUCCCUCGCUUGCGCUCGCCAUCCUCGGCAGCGCCGUGUAUGGAGUCCUCUUCAUCGCCAUCACCUACCUGACGUGGGUACGCUAUCGAUCAUGGUACUUUUCCGUCGUGGUAAUCGGCGCCGCUAUCGAGGUAGCUGGCUACGUCUUGCGCGCCUACUCGGCGAACCACCGCUCUGAGCUGUCUCCGUUUGUCAUGACGCUCACGUUUACGGUGCUCGCGCCCGUCUUGAUCGCGGCCGGCAACUACCUCCUCAUCAGCCGCCUCAUCCGCGCCGUCCUUCCUCCCGCGCGCCACCGCAUUCUCGGCGUGCCGGGCCGGCGGCUGACGCCCAUCUUCGUCGCGUGUGACGUGGUCGCCUUUCUCGUCCAGGGCAACGGCUCCGGCAUCGCCAGCAGCGACAACUGGACAGGCUCGACGGAGCGCAUCGGCCGGAACGUGCUCAUUGGCGGCCUCGUGUUCCAGCUCGUCUCGUUUGGCCUCUUCCUCUGCGUGUUCGGCCGCUUCCACGUGCUGGCCAACCGGGAGACGGCGCCGGACGCGCCGCAGGGAUGGAGGUUCGUUUUGCGCGCUGUCUACGUGUCGAGCGCUCUCAUCAUGAUCCGCACCAUCUACCGCGUGUGCGAGUUCGGCGAGGGCAUGAACGGCUAUGCCUUCCGCACCGAGUGGCUGUUCUGGGUGUUCGAGGCGCUGCCCAUGGUCGGGGCCAUUGGCGUCUUCUGCAUCUGGCACCCGAGCCGAUACCUGGGCAAGGAUGGCGCGGCUCCCAAGAAGGUGGCGUCGGACGAGGAGGUGGCGCUCAAAAGUCGACGCUGGUGGCGACGUUCCAAGGCGGAGGGACGGUCUUGA